AUGUCAGAAGAUAUAAAGUUUUAUUAUGAUAUAAUAAAUAGUAAAUGGUGGUAUUUCGAUUUGCUAUCAGGAGAAUGGAAAGAGUAUGAAGAAGAAUCAAAUGAUGGGGUUUUUGAAAGUAAUGACAAUCACAAUAAUAAAUUAGAGGCGACAGAAAAUUAUGCAGGUUCGGUUAAUGCACAAUAUUCAAAUGUAGAUGAAAAGGAUGAAAAUAUUGAUAGUAUUAAUAACUCAGAAAAGUGGAAUGAAUCCAAUUAUAAUACAUCUAACAAAGUAAAUAAUGAUAAUACAAAUGUAGGAAAAACGCCAGAAUUUUCAAACAUAUCUGAAUCAGUGAGAUCAAAAAAUUCUUUAGAUAAUGAUUUAGAUAUUGUUGAUAUUAAGAAGCAUAAUAAAUUAUAUUCUUCAAAAAAUAAUGCAAAAAAUUUUAACUAUGAAAAUAAAUUAGAAGACUCUGAAUUAUUAAAUAAAUAUGAUGAAAAUUCUGGGGAAAAUAAUACUGGAAGUAACGAUGUAAAUAAUUACCUAAAUAACUAUGUAAAUAAUAAUGUAGAAAAUAGCGAUUUAAAUAUCUAUGAAAGUUACUAUGAUAAUAACAAUGAAAGCAAUAUUAACUAUUAUGAAAAUGAUGAUGAAUAUAACUGUGAUAGUAUUUAUACUAAUGCACAGUGCAAAGAACCUGAUACAUAUAACAAUUAUAAAAAUAAUGACUAUUUUAAUUAUGAAGAGGGAUAUUAUGGAAACAUAUAUGAAUGUAAUAAUAAUAAAAAAAUAAAUAAUUUAAAUUAUAAUGAUAAAUUAAAUAAAAAUAAAGAUGAAUAUGAUGGAAAAUCACAAUACAUCUCUCAACCGGAACAAGAUAAUUACAAUGAAUUAGUUGAAGAGAAUGGAAACAAUAAUGAUAAUACACAUUUAAAAAAAGAAUCUUCUGAUAAUACAAACAUAAGUUAUAAUAGUGAAACUAAUGAUAAACAUGAAAUAACAAAUAAAAAUUCUUCUGACUCGAUUGAUUCAAACUGUUCAAACAACUCAAAUGAAUUAAGUGAAAGAAUUAAUAGCUUAUUAAAUCACUCUAAUAGUAACUCUUCCUGUUCUAAAAAAGAUAGCUCAGCUUUAAUAGAAAAAUUAUUUAGCCGUAGUUUUACAAGAUCAGAUCAUUUAAAUUCUUUUAAUACUAUAGAGAAAGUUAGUGAUGAAGGAAACAAUGAAAACAAAGAUGAUAUUAAGAAUGAUGAUGAAAAUACAAAGAAAAAAUCAAAAGUAAAUUUUCAAGUAACUAAAGAAUAUAAAAACAUAGAAAAUGAAGAAAAUGAUGAAAAGGAGAAAAGUUGUGAAGAUAAUAAAGAAUCAUUAGUUAAUGAAAAUGAUACAACAGUAAUACCAUUCGUAAGAAGAGCAACAAGAACUCUCACCUUUAAAAAUCAAGGUGGCUUAUCAGGUUGUUUAAAGGUUUUCCAAGAAAAAAAAAAAGAAUUAAUGUCUUCAUCAGCUAAUGAAGUAAAUGAUAUGGAAAUCAAAAUUGCUAAUCUAAAAAGGAGAGCAAGAGAAUUAGCUAGAAGAUAUAAAACAAAAAAUCAAUCUAGUGAAUCUCAACAGAAAAAUGAUGAUGUUAAAACAAAAUUUGAAGAAUUAGUAUUACAAGUGCAAAAACACAAAAAAGAAUUACAAGAAAAAGAUAAUAUUAAAAAUCAAUUAGAUACAUCAAAAAAUACUUCCAUUAGUAAUACUGAUCAAAAUUUCUCAAGUUCCGAAAAAUAA